GGCUUCAGCUGGUUUUCACGGCUACACGCCCAUCAUCGAAUCCACACUGGAGAGAAACCAUACAGAUGUGGUGCCUCUGGCAAGGGCUUUAGUUACAGCUCACACCUUAACAUUCAUUGUAGAAUGCACUCAGGAGAAAAGCCCUGUAGGUGUGAGGAGCGUGGGAAGGGCUUCAGUGUAGGCUCACACCUCCAAGCUCAUCAGAUAAGCCACACCGGAGAGAAACCAUACAAAUGUGAGGAGUGUGGGAAGGAAUUCUGUCGGGCCUCUAAUCUUCUGGACCAUCAGCGAGGCCACACUGGAGAGAAGCCUUACCUAUGUGAUGCUUGUGGGAAGGGCUUCAGUCGGAGUUCUGAUUUUAACAUUCAUAUUAGAGUCCACACGGGAGAGAAACCCUACGUAUGUGAGGAGUGUGGGAAGGGCUUCAGCCAGGCCUCAAACCUUCUGGCCCAUCAGAGAGGCCACACUGGCGAGAAACCCUACAGAUGUAACACAUGUGGGAAGAGCUUCCGUCGGAAUUCAGAUCUGAACGUUCAUUGUAGAAUCCAUACAGGAGAGAAACCCUAUAAAUGUGAGAAGUGUGGGAAAUCCUUCAGUCAGUUUUCAAGUCUCCAAGUGCGUCAGAGAGUCCACACGGGAGAGAAACCAUAUCAGUGUGCAGAGCGUGGGAAAAGGCUUCAGUCAGUUCUCAAGUCUUCAGAUGCAUUGGAGAGUCCACACUGAAGAAAAACCCUACAAUAUAGCAAGUGUGGGAAGAGCUUCCGACGGAGUUCAGAUUUUAAUGUUCAUUGUAGAAUCCAUACAGGAGAGAAACCCUAUAAAUGUGAGAAAGCCUUCAGUCAGUCCUCAAGUCUUCAGGUGCAUCAGAGAGUCCACACGGGAGAAACCGUA